AUGUCGUUCCGCCCGGGCUCGCGCAUCUUCAGCGCCUUCCGCACAAACUUCCGCCAGUACUACGCCCGCCGCAAUGCCUCGACCGCACCGGGCGCCGAGCCCAGCGGCUUCGCAAAGUUCUGGGCGUCGCCCGUCGGCCCCAAGACCGUCCACUUCUGGGCGCCCGUCAUGAAAUGGGCCAUGGUCGCCGCCGGCGCCUCCGACUUCUCGCGCCCCGCCGAGUCGCUCUCGCUGACCCAGAACUUUGCCCUCAUGUGCACAGGCGCCAUCUGGACCCGCUGGUGCUUCGUCAUCCGCCCCAAGAACGUCGCCCUGGCCGCCGUCAACGCCCUCCUGUUCUGCGUCGGCGCCACCCAGGUCGGCAGGAUCUACAGCUACAACCAGAGCGUCAAGGCUACCGACUUGGCAAAGGCCGAGGGCAAGGAGCUGGAGACGGACCUCAAGGCCACCGCUGCCAAGGCGGAGAAGAAGCUGUCGUAG